AUGUCCAGGAACCAUUUCAAGGCAAUCUGGUCAAACCUCCACUUAAGUGACAACGACCAGGUAGCAGGAUCACAGGACUGGUUCUUGAAGGUGUGUUCCCUCUUCACUAAGGUUACCAGGGAGUUCUUGAAUGUUGCAGAGACUCCUAUGCAAUCCAUAGAUGAGGUUAUGGUUGCAUACAAGGGCACCACAGCAAGGACCACUACAUUUCAGAGCCACCACACAUCACUGUCUGAAGAGGAGGAGAAGUUGCCAGUCACUAACAAGUUUGUUAUUGCCUUGGUCAAGACCCUCAAGCACCCAGAGAACUCCACUGUGUAUGCCGACAACUACUUCACAAGUAUUGCGUUGGUUGAGUACUUGAGGUCACAGUAUAGUUGCUGGUAUGUGGGCACUGCCAGGGACAACAGAGUUGGCUAUCCACCCCUGCAGACUGUCAAGGACAUGACCAAGAACUCGGUACCCAGGAGCACACUUGACUACGUCUCUGCUGAUGGCAUCCUUGUCGCCAAGUGGAAGGACAACAGCAUUGUCACAAUCUUAUCCACUGAUGUUGGUGUAGAACCUGUUUGUGAAGUGCAGAGGUAUGACAAGGAAGCGAAGAAGAAGGUUCUUGUGCAAUGUCCAAAUGUUAUCAACAAGUACAACAGUGGCAUUGACAAGAGUGACAUGUUGGUCCAUCUCUACAAGACCCCGUUCAAAGCAAAGUGUUACUACAUGAGGCUAUUCACCAAGAUGUUGGCUCCCAACACCCGCUAG